UCAGUGGGUCGAACGUUUGAUGGUGGCGCACCAAACAUGGCCGUGUUCGGGAGGGGAGUAACCUACCUCCGUCUCCUCAGGAGUUCUGCUCGUGUCCUGUUCACCUGUAAAAAUCCUGCUGUUCACAAACUGGGAAAAUGGACAAAUGUUCUUUAUGCAAGUGUAACAUCUUUAACACUGGGAGCUGCACUCUGUGCUAUACCAUUCAAACAGGUUGAAAACCUCUCUCAUGAUGCUCUGAUCAAACGAGCAGCCUCUCUGGUCACAGACAGCUCAAGCACUUUCCUCUCACAAACCACUUUGGCUCUCAUAGACGCCAUCACCGAAUAUUCUAAAGCUGUGCACACGCUCGUCGCUCUUCAAAGCCGAUAUCUGGAUGCGCUGGGAAAACUGAGUCCGGCAGAGGAGGACUCAAUCUGGCAGGUUAUCAUUAGCCAGCGAGCACAGGUUAAUGAGAGACAAGAUGAAUGCCGGCGUUUGGAGUCGACGUGGGUCACUGCGGUGAAGCUGUGUGAAACGGCAGCUGAGGCGGCGUACACAUCAGGAGCCGAGCAUGCGUCCGUCACCGUGAGGACGAACGUUCAUUUGGCUCAGUCGCAGGUGGAGGACGUGCAGAAACUGUCGGCGGACGCAGAUAAGAAGUUAGCUGAGAGUAAAGUGAUGGAGGUUGAAAUGAUGGCGCGGCAUGCCGCUUCUUUACAGAGUAAUGAUGACGAGGAAGAAGUGCCUGAAGCUUAUCUGAGAGAAGACUAAGAGCUUAUCAGACAACAGCAAACACUGUCUUCUUUCACUGUGUGGCCCUUUUUGUCUCUUGUCAGUCACUGUGUCUCAGUCACAGUACAAUGUGGAGUGUUCAAGUCAAACUAGAAGAGUCGAUAAAACACCAGUUUCAAUUAGGCCAAAAUACACUUUGCAAUAAAAUUAAAUUUAACACUUUUAGUAGCCUUAAUAUAGUUUGAAAUGGUUUGGUCACAUGCAGAGGAAGGAUAAAGAUUAUAUUCAGGGUUCCCACAGGUCCUUGAAAUCCUUGAAAGUUUGUGAAUUUCGUCCUAAAUGUGUAAUUGAAAGUGCCUGGAAGUUGAUAUUUAUGUAAAUUUCUCCCUUUUUUUACGACGCCACCUACUGUUUCAUGCGUUGCAUUGCUUUAGGCCUACGCAGAACAAACGUGGGGUCAUAAUUACUAGCGGUGUUGGGGACACUAUCUCUCUCUCUCUCUGCUGUCAACAUCGGAUUCGGUGCAGAACAACAAGCAAAUUUCACGUGAUGCCUGAAAAUGAAAAUGAAGAAUGAAAAUUCCAAGAGCUCUGUCUCACCAAAGAAAAUUUACAAAGACUGACUUUGACCAAGAUCCCAAGGACAAUCACUUGUCUGGAAGCAGAGUGUGCUGCAAAUCAAUAAAAGUAGACACCAUCAUGGGCGAAGACAAGCUCUUACAAGUUGCCCUCCCAUCUUAUUAAGCCUGUCAACCUUGAAUUUGAACCUUGUUAUCUGGACCUUGAAUUUGAGGGAAUUAGUCCUGGAAAGUCCUUGAAUUUGAUGUCUACUAAGGUGUGGGAACCCUGAAUAUAUUGGACAAAGGAUGUUGAAGAUGGAGCUGCCCGAGGCAGGAGGAAAAGAAGGUGAUGUUGUGAAGAAGGACAUGAGGACAGUCACUAUAGGACACAAGGGAGAGGACAAGAUGGAGGCAGAUGAGUUGCUGUGGUGCCCCCUAAAGUGAGAAGAAUUAGUUUUAAUAUGUUUAAAUAGUUGAAAAUAUGCCCUGAAAUACAGUUACAUUGAUUGUAUUUUGACACUUUAAGGUCCAAAAUGUAACAUUAACUGUAGGUGAAGAGUAGUGUAGAAUGAGCCUUUCAUAUUUAUAUUAGGAGCUCGGUCAGUUCUCAAGAGAUGGUCAUUUUGAGCCACUGUGUUUUUACAGUAGCCCACAAUGGACAAACUAAUCACCCUUGUAUUUAAGCACUUAUAUAGUUGAAAACUCUUAAAGUCGUAUUUAACACUUUAAAGGGCUUAAAAUACUCUGCAAUACUGCAAUAGUAUUAAAAGACACUUUAAUAGUUGAAUACACUCUGGAAUAGUGUAAAAGUUAAAUUUAAUUGCAAAUUGUAUUCAACAUUGAAUUAUUUGAAUACACUCUGGAAUAGUGAUAGAUUUAACUUUUUCACUUGUAUUUUAUUACUUUAAUAGGAUAAUAAGUGUUUAAGUGUUAUACUUAAAUGUAAUACUGUUCCAGGGUAUAUUUGUAUCUUCAUUGAAACUGGUGUUAAAAUUAAUUUUUUUGUGUCACUUUACCGUCACAAAAUUUAAUUGUAAUAGGGAAUCACAUACAAUGGGAACAAGCAUUUCCACAUUUGGUCAUUAACGACUUCUUUGUUUAAUGAUUAUAAACUAUGUCAUUCAUAGAUGCUCGUUCUUUUCCUCUUUGCUCUUCUGCGUCAGAUUGUUAUUGUCAUAUUCUCAGGAUUCAUUGUAAUAAAGACAAGACACAGCUUUAAAAAAACAACAACUCAAAACUGUUUAUUAUUGAUUUCCACUUGAGGCAGAAAAAGAAAAAAAAUGUAUUUAUUUAUGAAUAUUUUAGUAUGUUAUGAAUAAAUGGCUCAUGGGUUUAUUUCA